AACUAUAUCAUCUAUCGUGAUAUAGUAAAAAUAUAUCAGGAUGUUAGAUUUUCCUCAUAUCCCCCAGCCCUAAUUUCAACUGCGUGAACCGAGGAAAUUCCCACAACACCUUUAGCAGUUCAACAGUAGAUCACUGUUCUACAUCACAAAACCUGCAUGUUUUCUGUUGUCUACAAAAAGUCCUCUUCAGACGUCAAACUGGCGACCGUAGCAAAGAAGAGCAAGAAGGCUGAGGAUGAGGAGCAGCCGGCGGCCCCUGCCCCAGCAGCUGCAGCGGCAACGGUCACCGCGGCAACAGAUGAAGCACCUCCGGUAGAAGCAGCAGCAGCUCCAGCUGCAACGGCAGCUCCUGCAGAGGAGGAGGAAGAAGAGGAGUACGUGGUGGAAAAGGUUCUGGACCGCCGUGUGGUGCGGGGCAAAGUCGAGUUUCUGCUGAAAUGGAAAGGCUUUUCAGACGAGGACAACACAUGGGAGCCCGAAGAAAACUUGGACUGUCCUGACCUGAUUGCAGAGUACAUGCAGAAACACAAAGAGAGAGAGGAGAAGAAGAAGGAGAGUAAGAGGAAAGCUUCCAGCGAGGCAUCUGGAGAUGCAGAGGAGCGGGCCAGCAAGAAGAAAAAGGAGGAGGGGGACAAGGCCAGAGGUUUUGGCAGAGGCCUGCAGCCUGAGAGGAUUAUUGGAGCCACCGACUCCAGUGGAGAGCUGAUGUUCCUAAUGAAGUGGAAGAACUCUGACGAGGCGGACCUCGUACCGGCCAAAGAAGCCAACGUUAAAUGUCCGCAGGUAGUGAUCUCUUUUUACGAGGAACGCCUCACAUGGCACUCUUACCCCACAGAAGAAGAGGAAAAGAAGGAGGAGGAAAAAAAGGACUAGAGGAUGAGGGGAGGUACAAACGGGGUGAAGAGGAAGUGUGGCGAUGCAGGGCAGGAAAUCAGCUCCCCACCAGUUGACUGUUAACUUUCAGUGUCUCUGACAUCCUACAGUGUGAGGAUCAGCAGCUGUCAGUGGAAGUGACAGAAAAUCUGUUUUCCUGCCCUGAAGGACUCGAGUCCUGAAAAGAUAUUCCCACCCGUUAGCGGUUGCAGCGGUUCGUUUCUAGCAGGUGUGUUUGACAUCUGCGUUUUGUUCUGUCCCUUUACCAUGAAUGUGUUGUGCCUUCAACAAGUAUUCUUCCAGACCGCCAAGUAUCCAAUGGGAAAGAAAAACAAACGCAGUUAAACAUUAAGGUCAAUGUUUGGUUUUGGAUGAAGUUCCUCUCUCCCCAAAGUGUUGAGCUGAUGGUGGUGGUGGUGAUGAUGAUGAUGGCAGCCGCAGCAGAAAGAAUCUGAGAUGGGUGGGAACUUCUUUUAAACAAUAGGAAAGCAGUGAAUUUUCCAACAUAGACAGAAAGCUGUUUUUCCCUUUCCGUGACUCUCAUUCAGAAACAUUGCUGAUCUUAUCCCACCAAUA